AUGGUCAAAUUCAUCAAGGCUGGUAAAGUUGUUGUCAUCUUACAAGGUCGCUAUGCCGGUAAGAAGGCUGUUGUUGUUCGCAACCACGAUGAAGGAACUAAGGAAAGACCAUAUGGUUACGCCGUUGUCGCUGGUGUCGAACGCACUCCUCUCAAGGUCACCAAGAAGAUGGGUCAAAAGAAGGUUGCCAAGCGCUCCAAGGUUAAGCCUUUCGUCAAGAUUGUCAACUACAACCACAUGAUGCCCACUCGUUAUGGUUUGGAAUUGGAACAAAUUAAGGGAACCAUUUCCUCUGACACCUUCAAGGAACCUUCUCAACGUGAAGAUGCCAAGAAGCUCAUCAAGAAGCUCUUUGAAGAACGCUACCAAACCGGCAAGAACAAGUGGUUCUUCAGCAAGCUCAGAUUCUAA